CUGCGCAAGCUCCCUGCGUCCCGGAGGUCGCCGGGUGCCGGUGUUUCCCACGUGCGCUGAGACGCUGCGGGCAUCAUGUUGUAAGGAGAUGGGGGCUUUGGUGACUCGCGCGAUCAGAAAUUUCAACCUAGAGAACCGAGCGGAAAGGGAAAUCGGCAAGAUGAAACCCUCAUCUGCUCCCAAGCACCCUUCCACCAAGAGGCUCCUGCAGGAACAGAUGAUCCGCCAUCCAGAAAUUAAGGGAGAGAUUGACAGAAAAGAUGACAAGUUGCUGUCAUUACUGAAAAACGUGUACGUUGAUUCCAAAGAUCCUGUGGCUUCCAUGCAGGUAAAAGAUGCCGAAACACGUCAAGAGCCAAAGGAAUUCAGAUUGCCAAAAGGCCAUCACUUUGAUAUGAACAUUACAAACAUUCCCAAAGGCAAAAUUUCUAUUGUAGAAGCAUUAACGCUGCUCAAUAAUCAUAAACUUUAUCCAGAAACAUGGACUGCUGAGAAAAUAGCUCAAGAAUACCUAUUAGACCAGAAAGAUGUAAAUUCUCUUCUCAAAUAUUUUGUUACUUUUGAAGUCAAAAUCUUCCCUCCUGAGGACAAGAAGGCAAUACAAUCAAAAUGAAGAGAAUCAUGGAAUUAUUUUUCUACGUGUAAUCUCCAUCCCUAUAUCCUGUUGAUUUCUAUUUUAGCACAUUAAAUUAUAUAAAUUA